UCCAAAUUCCGGUGAUCCGCCCCGGUUCCAAAUUGCCGAACGAUCCCAGGUCCAGUGGCAGACUGAGCCAAGCCUCAACCAGGAAGGGCCUCUGAGCGACUGGGACACCAUCACCACCAACCAUCUCGGACAUCAGCCUGGGAUGAAAAUGCCAUUGACCUGGUACAGCUGGUUCCUCCUCAGUGCCUGGAUCCUGAACACUGGGGCCGAGAUCUCCAUCACCCCCGAGCCUGCACAACCUGCAGAGGGGGACAAUGUCACGCUGGUAGUCCAUGGGCUUUCAGGGGAACUGCUUGCCUACAAUUGGUAUGCAGGGCCUACGCUCAGCCUGACCUUCCUGGUGGCCAGUUACAUUGUCAGCACUGGUGAUGAGACCCCCGGACCAGCCCACACAGGGCGGGAAGCUGUCCGUCCUGAUGGCAGCCUUGAUAUCCAUGGUGCCUUACCUGGGCACACAGGCACCUACAUCCUGCAGACUCUUAACAGGCAGUUUCAGACGGAGGUGGGCUACGGACACAUGCAGGUCUAUGAGAUCCUGGCCCCUCCCACGGUCAUGGCCAACGACACUGCGCUGGUGGAGCGUAGGGAUACCCUUCGACUCAUCUGUAGCAGCCCCAGCCCCGCUGAGGUCCGUUGGUUCUUCAAUGGUGACGCUCUGCCAGUUGCCGUCCGCUUGGGCAUGUCCCCCGAUGGCAGGAUGCUGACCCGGCAUGGCGUCCGCAGGGAGGAGGCAGGCGCCUACCAGUGCGAGGUGUGGAACCCCGUCAGCGUCAGCCGCAGCGAGCCUCUGAACUUGACGGUCUACUUCGGCCCUGAACGAGUGGCUAUCCUCCAAGACUCUACCACCCGCACGGGCUGCACUAUUAAAGUGGACUUCAACACGUCCCUCACCCUGUGGUGUGUGGCACGGUCCUGCCCUGAGCCAGAGUACGUGUGGGCCUUCAAUGGGAAGGCCUUGAAGAAUGGCCAGGAUCACCUGAACAUCAGCAGUAUGACUGCAGCCCAUGAGGGCACGUACACGUGCAUUGCUAAGAACUCCAAGACGCUGCUGUCUGGCUCUGCCUCAGUGGUAGUCAAGCUGUCCGCGGCAGCUGUAGCCAUGAUGAUCGUUCCUGUACCGACUAAGCCAACGGAGGGCCAGGACGUGACCCUGACUGUCCAGGGCUACCCCAAGGACCUGCUAGUUUAUGCCUGGUAUCGUGGACCUGCCUCAGAACCCAACCGACUGCUGAGCCAGCUGCCGUCAGGGAACUGGAUCGCUGGCCCGGCGCACACAGGCCGGGAGGUGGGCUUCGCUAAUUGCUCACUGCUGGUGCAAAAGCUGAACCUCACUGAUGCCGGGCGCUACACACUUAAGACCGUCACACUGCAGGGCAAGACCGACACUCUGGAGGUGGAGCUACAGGUGGCCCCCCUGGAGUAGCCACCGCCACCUCUUCAGCAGCAGCGCAGGACGCUGAGACCUGGAGAGAAACGCGCCCUUGCAGCAUCUCCCCGCAUCCGCCCCUGAGCUCAGGACCGCUCACCUGCAGCACGGAUGCCGGCCAUGGUCCCACCAUCCUGCCUCCAUCUAGUCUUAGCUCCGAGCUGUGGGAGAGCUGCCCAGUCCAUAAAUGUCCCAAUGAACGCA